AAUUAUCAUCGUGGUAGUGGUGGUUGUGGUGGUGGUUGUGGUGGUUGUUGUUGUUUACCGAGGUAGAGCCUCGCUCUCUCCCGUAGGGAUGUCAAUUGAGUAGCAGCGAGCAUGGAAGCGAUGUGCACGUAGUAACUAUACAACGCGGGCCUUGCCUCCUGCCCUCGCCUGAUCGCGUUUGCUUCAAUUCUCUCGCUUAAGUUUAAUUUGUCUUCACACGGCUCGCCACUUUGUAGCUUUUUUUACUUUAAAUAUUCGUACAGGUUUUUUUUCAUUUUUUUUACCAGCCCAAGCCCGCUUGAGCUGUUAUACCGCUCUUGUUUUCAGAAGCAACCUGCCCACAACAACAACACAAGAAUUGGUCUGAUGGAGCAAAGGCACUCGGCACAGCUCGGUGCAAAAAGGCAACAAUGCGACCGGUGUGCAUACAGCACGGAUCACCCUGGACAUUUUACACAGCACCAGAUAAUUCACUCAGGAGAGAAACCCUUCAAGUGCAGUGUGUGUGACAAGGAAUUUGCAUGGUCAUCUGCUUUAAAAAAACACCAGAGAACACACACGGGAGAGAAACCCUUCAAGUGCAGUGUGUGUGGGAAGGCGUUUUUAGAUUCAUCUACUCUUGUAACACACCAGAGAACACACACGGGAGAGAAACCCUUCAAGUGCAGUGUGUGUGAGAAGGCGUUUGCACGUUCAUCUGCUCUUGUAGAACACCAGAGAACACACACGGGAGAUAAACCCUUCAAGUGCAGUGUGUGUGGGAAGGCGUUUGCACGUUCAUCUGCUCUUGUAGAACACCAGAGAACACACACGGGAGAUAAACCCUUCAAGUGCGGUGUGUGUGGGAAGGCGUUUGCACUUUCAUCUACUCUUGUAGACCACCAGAGAACACACACAGGAGAGAAACCCUUCAAGUGCAGUGAGUGUGGGAAGGCAUUUGCACAGUCAUCUGCUCUUGUAACACACCAGACAACACACACGGGAGAGAAACUCUUCAAGUGCAGUGUUUGUGGGAAGGCGUUUGCACUUUCAUCUACUCUUGUAACACACCAGAGAACACACACGGGAGAAAAACCCUUCAAGUGCAGUGUGUGUGGGAAGGCGUUUGCACAGUCAAAUUCUCUUGUAGAACACCAGAGAACACACACCGGAGAAAAACCCUUCAAGUGCAGUGUGUGUGGGAAGGCGUUUGCACAGUCAUCUCCUCUUAUAGCACACCAGAGAACACACACGGGAGAGAAACCCUUCAAGUGCAGUGUGUGUGGGAAGGCGUUUGCACAGUCAUCUCCUCUUGUAGCACACCAGAGAACACACACGGGAGAGAAACCCUUCAAGUGCAGUGUGUGUGGGAAGGCAUUUGCAAAUUCAUCUCCUCUUGUAGAACACCAGAGAACACAUACGGGGGAGAAACCCUUCAAGUGCAGUGUGUGUGGGAAGGCGUUUGCACGCACGGAUCAUCCUGGAAAUUUGACACGGCACCAGAGAACACACACGGGAGAGAAACCCUUCAAGUGCAGUGUGUGUGGGAAGGCAUUUUCACAGUCAUCUUCUCUUGAAAAACACCAGAGAACACACACGGGAGAGAAACCCUUCAAGUGCAGUGUGUGUGGGAAAGCGUUUGCACAGUCAUCUGCUCUUGUAGAACACCAGAGAACACACACGGGAGAGAAACCCUUCAAGUGUAGUGUGUGUGGGAAGGUGUUUACACUUUCAUCUACUCUUGUAACACACCAGAGAACACACACGGGAGAGAAACCCUUCAAGUGCAGUGUGUGUGGGAAGGCGUUUGCACAGUCAUCUGCUCUUGUAGCACACCAGAGAACACACACGGGAGAGAAACCCUUCAAGUGCGGUGUGUGUGGGAAGGCGUUUGCACAUUCAUCUCCUCUUGUAGCACACCAGAGAACACACACGGGAGAGAAACCCUUCAGGUGCAGUGUGUGUGGGAAGGCGUUUGCACAUUCAUCUCUUCUUGUAGCACACCAGAGAACACACACGGGAGAGAAACCCUUCAAGUGCAGUGUGUGUGGGAAGGCAUUUGCCCGUUCAUCUGCUCUUGGAGAACACCAGAGAAAACACACGGGAGAGAAACCCUUCAAAUGCACUCUGUGUAGGAAGGCGUUUUCACAGUCAUCUGCUCUUAAAAAACACCAGAGAACACACACGGGAGAUAAACCCUUCAAGUGCAGUGUGUGUGGGAAGGCGUUUGCACGUUCAUCUGCUCUUGUAAUACACCAGAGAACACACACAGGAGAGAAACCCUUCACGUGCAGUGUGUGUGGGAAGGCGUUUACACUUUCAUCUACUCUUGUAAUACACCAGAGAACACACACAGGAGAGAAACCCUUCAAGUGCAGUGUGUGUGGGAAGGCGUUUGCACGUUCAUCUGCUCUUGUAGAACACCAGAGAACACACACGGGAGAGAAACCCUUCAGGUGCACUCCGUGCAGGAAAGCAUUUACACUUUCACCAAAUCUUCAAAGACACCAGAGAACACACAAGCAUCAGAAGAUCCACAAGGAGUGGAGUCUGAAAUCAGCUUGUGAAAGUCCAAGUGCCGCGAGCCCAUCCCUCAUCAAACAAGAACCGGAAGAAAAUCCCGGUUUGGACACUUUUAAAGGUAUCAAGGUGAAAUAUGAAGAGGUGAAGGUGAAAUGUGACGAAGUGAUGGUUAAGAGCGAAGAAGUGAAGGUAAAAUGUGAAGCUGAAGAUUCAAAAUCGGACCGUCAAAUCGAUGGAGGCAACGUGAAGCAGGAGGAAAAUUCUGACUGCGAGGCAGAGCUAUGCAACUCCCAGCAGUUUGUGGAAGUGGAGGUGUGGGUGGACUUCCUCCGAGACAAUACAAAGUCAAAUGGAGACCCGGUAGAUGUGUAAGCUUGAGACGAUGUCGCUCCAAUAGAUGCACCUUUGUCACAGGCCUUGAACCAAGAAUGUUAAGUUGAACACUCAAUUCCUAGAUUCAACCUGCAGUUUAAGAGCGGCCAGUCUUUUGUGGACCUGUGCGUUGGGUAGAUCUCUCUAACCAGGAGCGAGAGUCCAUAAGCUGCCAAGCAGUCACUGUUAUCAAUUGCAUUUUUAUGGUGCUUGCAAAAUUGCCUUUGGCAAUUCGGAGUUUUGUAGCGUAUAUCGUCUCAAACACUCGAAGAGCAUCCCCAAGUAGCAGCUGCCCUCGUGUGGCACAAGGUGUGGUGGCCCUGCACCGGCCUGCAUGUGGACAAGAGCCUGUCCGUAGGGGGCAAUGGUUGAUGUGGCAUCCCAGUUGUGUAGGUUGUAGGUAAUGUUUAAAAUUUGCUACAUUUUCACCCAGACGCCAGCAUGCAAUGGCCUACUCGUUUUGAAUGGCGCAAUAGUAUGGUUGUACAUACACUGUUAAGCAGACGGUGGUAUUUUUUUUAUAUCUUGUUACUACGAUGUAACCUGAUGCAGUAUAUUUUAAGUGCAGUAAUUUAAUUUUUAUUAAUAAUUGUCAAUAAUUAAAAAUUAAUACUUGUCUGAUUGUGUACGUACAUGUAACAUUUUGUCUGAGGGUCAAACAUUGAAUAAGUGAUGGUACGACGAAAUGUGUGUUUUGGAAGCAACCUGUACAGAACUUGGGUGAGACCCGUUGUUCUUGUGAUACAGGUCAAAGGGUAUUUUUGUGUUUUCAGGAAGCAUCUGCCUCUGGAGCAACUCAUUGUCUUUGAAAUAGGGAGCACACUCAGAUCAUCAGUUAAAAGGCAUACCACUCAAAAGUUACACGAAAAGGAGGAACACGAAUUAUAAUUUUAUCUUGCGUGUUGACGUAGAUUUUGUCGAACUAGGACUAGAAAUGCUCCUUGCUGAUUAACGUCUGGAUGUUCGAAACUAUCGGUUGAAGCAAGCCCGGCUGCUGUUGAGACGCUGUGCACCAAUAAGGGCCACAGGUGGUUUGCACUGAAUGAUGCACUCCCAGAAGGCUGUGCUAGUUAUCGUUUGUGUAAAACAUUCCUUUGUUUCGUGGAGAGAUCGAUAAAUGAAAGAUGUGGUGUCUACUGAUCUGCUUCAUAGCAAGGAGGUAAUUUUAAGAGCACAUUUUUAAUGCAUUUUUGGUUAAGAUUUAUAUUCGGUUACAUGACAGAGCACAUUUAGGAGAUACAUUCUCCACAACAGCACUCAUUCAAAUUUUGCUUAGCGUCUUAUAUGUUGGUGAACUAGGACAAAUGCUCCUUGUCCAUUAACAUCUGGAUAUUUACAACCAUGGGUUGAAGCAAGCCUGAACGCCUGUGGUGCCCCUCACAACCAUUUAUGGCCAUGGGCUAGGAAAGUCACGAAAAUUGCACACGAGCGACGCAUCCACGCAAGCUCCCGAUG